AUGUCCGAUUCUGUUGGAAAUUGCAGCUCCGAUCCAAUACAAGCAAUCAAAACGCAACCAACUACUGCUGCUGUUACUAUGGCGGGGGCCGUCCACUUGUUAACGAGGUACUUUCUGCACCGCACAUCCUGCGAAGCUAGCGGGGUUCCUGCAUUCGUACUACUCUAUCUCCUCGCCCCUCGCUAG